AUGGCGAAACCCAAGUCUGUUCGGGGGAAGCCAAAGUCGGGUCGCGUGUGGAAGACAACCCGUACAAAGAGGUACUCGUCUAUUCGUUGUGACAAGGGACUCCGAAGCACAUGGGAAGAAAAAGUGGCACUGAAGACCGAGCUACAGAAUCGUAAGACUGCUGAUGCCGAGCGACGGACGCAACGGGUUAAACUGAAGGAGGCCAAACGGCUCGCGGAAGAGGCUCGCGCAGAACGCAAAAAGGAGAAUGAAAGAAGGGCCGAGAUCAAGAAUAUGAAAAAGCUGAAGAAAAUGAAGAGAAGCCAAUUGCGCUCCAUUGAGACGCGGUGA